AUGGAGGGCAUGCGGUUCGAGGAGCUGCGGUGGGACGGCGACGACGUGUCGCCCGAGGACCACAUGCAGCGCGCCGCGGGGAUUGUGGCGCGCGCGAAGCGCGUCGUCGCGUUCACCGGCGCGGGGAUCUCCGUUGAGUCAGGUGCGGCUGGCGCGGCUGGCGCGGCUGGUGCGGCUCGUGGUGCUGGUGGUGCUGGCAUUCCGGACUUCCGCAGCGCGCAUGGGCUGUGGGCGCGCUUCGACCCCGCCACCUACUGCAGCUACCCGGUCUUCCAAACCAAGCCGGAGAUGUUUUGGGAGAUGGUGCGCGCACUGCUGGCGGACCUGGCCCCGGCGCGCCCCAACGCAGCGCACGUGGCACUGAGGGAGCUGCAGCACCUGGGGCUGCUCUCGUGUGUGGUCACUCAGAACGUCGAUGGGCUGCACCAGGAGGCGGGCAGUGAGGGCGUGGUGGAGGUGCAUGGCAACACGCGCACGUGCACGUGCAUGGCAUGCGCCCACAGCGUACCCAAGGAGGUCGCACUGACGCAGCUCGAUAAGGGAGUGGCAGUGCCGGUGUGUCCAGUGUGCUCCGGUGUGCUGAAGCUAGACGUGAUUCUCUUUGGAGAGCCCAUGCCUGCAGCGGCCAUGUCUGAAGCUGUUGCUGCUGCUGCGUCCGCUGAUGUGCUGCUAGUCAUUGGCACUUCUCUCAUGGUGGCGCCAGCCAACAGCCUCACGCACAUGUGUCGAAUGCGUGGAGGCAAGGUGAUAGCCGUUAACCUCGACCCAGAUGCGUUUGUGUCUGCAGAUGUGGGGCUGGAAGGCAAGGCAGGGGAGGUGCUGCCGCAGCUGGUGGCAGCAGUCAGGCAAAGACUGGGGAAGGUGCAAGGGGUUACUGCUGCUGCUGGGGGUGAUGGGGUGAAUGGGCCGGGGGAGACAGAUUACGGCCAAUAUGGAGCUCCCAGCGCAACAGGCCUGUUCGGCCCUCCUCCCACCGCCACGCCCGGCGGUAACGGCUACAUGGAUCGCGGGUUGUCGUCCCGCUCCCCCACCUUCUCUCACUUCCCCUCCGCCACCCCCCUCGCGGACUUCCGCCGCGCAGCUCCGCCGUCCACGUCGCUCCUAUACCACGACUUGCGCGCCACGCCGGGGGGGGGAAGCAGGGGGAGCCCAAUUGCCAUCGCGCGCGGGUCCCCCGUGCAGAGCACCGCGGCCGCCGCCGCCGCCGCCGCCGCGCUUUGGCGGACUUCCUCCGGCGCGGGGUCCCCUGCGGAGCCUCCGCCGCCGCCGUUUCUCACACUGGCGGACCAGUUUCACCAAUCCCCCUCCGCCGCCCCCGCCGCUACCCCUCUGCGCCCUGUUCCCGUGAGCACCCCGGGCCCGUUCAGAAACCCCGCUACAGGAAGCUCCGCUUCAGGGACGCCCGGUAUUGGUUACUAUGACGGUCGCAGCGGGUCUCCGCAGACUCCGGGAGCGGGGAGAGGAGAGCAAGGUCGGGGAGUGGCGCAGGCGCAGCAGGCGGCGCAGAAGCAGGCGGGAACGGACGCGUGGGGCAAGGGGCAGGUGCAAGACGGGCAGAGGGGCGGGGAUAAUUUGAAGGAUGGCGGAACGUGGGUCACUGUGUACGGUUUCCUCCCGGAGGAGCUACCGCUGGUGCUGCGGGAGUUGGAGGGGUGCGGGCGAGUGGUGGAGCACGUGCCGUGCCCCGGACGCGGCAAUUGGGUGAAUCUCAGGUUCCAGACAGCAGCGGAGGCACAGAGGGCGCUGGGGCGGUCGGGGCAGCAGAUCUCUGCAGGCACCAUCAUCGGCGUGAAGCUCAUGCAGGGGGACUGCAGCAGCACAAGCUCCCCCCUUUCAGCACCCGCCCCUCCCCCACCCACCACCUCUUCCUCUGUCCUCUUCUCCACGCGCCCUCCUCCUGCCAUGUCGGGUGCUCCAGUCGCUGUGCCACAGCCUCAAUCCCGCACUACAGACCCUGCUCGCACGACCUCCUUUUUGCCAGGCGCAAGUACUACUUUCGGAUACCACUCUGUUCCUGCUGUUCCCUUCACAACUGCUGCUGCUGGUGCCGAUGCCGGUGCGCCAGGGGGUGUUGCGGCUGCUUCAGGGGUUGCGUCUGUGUGGCGGGGUGGCGGGCUGUUUGCUGCUAGUACUAUGGAUGGGCACGGUGCUGCAGUGCCUAUCGCCUCUGCGAAUCAGUCUGUGUGGCAGAGGUUGGUGGAUGUGGUGUAUGGGCUCUAA